CAGAUGACCGCACGAGAUGCUCUUAUGGAACUUUCAGUAGGAGUAGCAGAGAAAGUGCUAUGAUUGUUUGUCCUUGUCACAGUUUCAUUUUUUUAAAUUUCCUACUGUAAAUUUUAGUAUGACUUAUGGUGGGCAACAAAUAACCCGACCAAAUUACGUAGGUUGAUUUUCGCAAGUUGUCAGGAAUAUUAAAACGUGUUUUUAAUUUGGCAUUGCUUCAAAUAAGGUGUUCUGAAACAAAACAUGUGAUCUUAUCACGUAUCUAUCAAGUACAAAAUUUAACUAUAUAAACAAAUCUGAAACUUAUUCAAACAUCAUACUUUUAAAUGAUUAACACAUUGCUUACAAGUUUUUAAUAUAAGUAUAUCUGACUAAUAUCUCGUACUAAGGUGUAAAAAUUUGUAGCAUAUAUUUUGAUUUCUGAACCACAUACUUUCGAAUUGUCAAACUACAAUUUUUCAUCAAAUCAAUGUUGUAGCCAAUUCUUGUUUAUAUAUAAAUACGCGAAUUUGGUUGUAGUUUUAAUGAUUUGAAAUAUGAACAUCAAAUUAAUUAUUUGCCACGCAUGUCUGAGCACAGAGCGUACACUGUUCCCCGUUAAAAAAUUACAAGAUUUACUAAUAAAUGUGGACUUGUUUGACUUGAAUCUGAGUAAUGAUGGGGGCGUAUGCUGGGAAUGUAAAAGAAUUUUCUUAAAGUUUUCACGGUUCAAAAAACAAAUUGAAUUAGCUCAAGAAUCUUUACAGCAAAUGGAUAGGCUCCAAGGCCUGCAAUGCCUGAGUACGUUAACAUGCACGGUUUCUACUACACCUAGUUAUUCUAUCUCAUAUGCUGAACCAGCCAACUGUGAUACCAUAGACAACCAACCGAAAGAAAUAAAACAAGAAGCUGGUGAUGCAAAUGACAUUUCUGAUCACAAUGAUGAUGAGAAACAUUCAAUUGAAUCUGAUGUUGAAACAGAAAUUAAAAAAGAAGUUAACUCAAAUCAACACACACAAGAGAAAGAAACAAGAAAAGGAAGGAAAAGAAUUAGUAAGAAAGUUAAAAACCUAGCAAGUAAUAAAAAGAAAGUUAAAAAACUACUGAUUGUAAAGAAGAAAAAGAAAAUGAAAGCAGUAGAUGACAAAGUAGAUUUUGAUGACAUUAAAGAUAAGUUCAUAGAAGUAGAGUUCACAGAAGAGGAGAUGGUAAAAAGUAGAGAAGAGAAGAGAAGUCACCCAAACUUUAAGAAAUUACCAUACAACUGUGACACCUGCGUGCUAGGGUUUACAAGAAAAGAAAAUCAUGAAAUGCAUAUGGAAAAGAAGCACAAUGCGAGUAUCGGUCGUCACAUCUGCCCAGUGUGCCAAGUUCGCUUUGCCAGCAGUGCAACUUUAACCAAACAUGUUCGGAAGCACUACCACUGCUACCGGUGUAAACUAUGCUCAUAUGAGACCUCGGAGCUCUGGUCAGCGCUCAGCCACAGUCAGGGCAAGCACAGCGGGGACGAGGAGGGCAGUAUACAUUGCAAGAAAUGUAGCUAUGUUGCAAAGUGUCGCGAGGAGCUGGAGCAGCACACGAAGUCCCAACAUUAUCUAAUUUGCAAAGAGUGCGGCGAGAAGUUCAAAGGGUCCCACACGCUUAAAACACAUAAACGCCGCAUCCACGCCUCCGUCCGCGAGCAUAAAUGCGACACGUGCCCGCGCGCGUUCCGCUCCCGCGGCCGCCUGGAGGCGCACAUGGCCGCGCACGGGCCCGCCGCCGCCGCGCGCCUGGCCUACUGCGCGGUGUGUCGCGUCCAGUACAAGAACGUGUACGUGUACAGGAACCAUCUGGUGAACAGCGCGAAUCAUAGCGAGAAGAGGUAUCACUGCGAAGAGUGUGGUAAGAACUUCGCCUCAAAAGUGUACUACAAGAGACACUACACGUUUUACCAUCAGAAAGAGUCCAACCACAAAUGCGAGCUUUGCGACCGGUUGUUUAUAUCCGACUUUCGGUUGCGACACCACCGUCAGAUGCGGCACGGCGCGGAGCGCCUUCGGAACCAUGCGUGCGAUCAAUGCGGAAAAAAAUUCUACACGGCGACGACGCUGCGCGCGCACCAGCUGACGCACUCGGCGGCGCGCACGUUCAUGUGCGCGCGCUGCGGCGACACGUUCCGGCAGCGCCCCGCGCUCUACACGCACACGCGGCUCGUGCACCUGGGGCUCACGAAGCGCGCUACUUAAACACUCUACUUAUGGGCCCCACUAGGUGCUUCCUUAUUUUACGAUUUUCAGAGAUUAAUAAAGCACACACCCUUAAUCAGCUUAUUUUAUCCCUAA